CAGCAAGACCACAAACGAUCAAUUACAACAACAAUCCUUCAAAUGAUAGAUCCUCAUAUUUACCAAAGCAAAAUCGAAUGAUUAAUACUUUACCUGGAGGUCCAGGUGCGGUUAUACGACCAAUGUUACAUCCGGGUACUUUUGGUACUCCAUAUUUUGGUCCACCGCCAUAUGAUAUGAAUAUAGUUGGCUUACCACAACCAACGAUGAUAUCACCUGACAUGACAAUGGGUCCUCCAAUGCCAAAUCUUUAUAUGAAUAUUCCUUCACAUGAAUGGGGAGGACCUGCAAUAGGCGGACAUUUUAUUCGUCCAGGAGCAAGAAAUCCGUGGGGCACCGAAGCCUUUAAUAAUUCAACAGAUCAGACAAAUAAUGCUUCUAAUUUCAAUCAUUCUUCACAAAAUAAUAAUGGUGGAUUUGUGCAUACACGUCCUGCAGUUCAAGAUGAAAAUAAUUUUUCAGCAGCGCAGAAUUCGAUGAAAAACUUUAAUCAAUAUGCAUCGACAAAUUACCCACCGCCGCCUCCAGCUGGUCCUCCUUUCAAUGAGAAAAAUCAAUUCGGAAAUUCAUCAAAGGAAGGAAAUUCAAACAAGUCACAAAUACUGGAUUCCAGGAGUCCUUCCACGGUGCCACCUCAACAUUCAUUCGAGAAAGGAUCCCAAUCUAAUCCAUCCUGGAUGCAUAAAAACGGUCAAUGGGGUCAAGCUAAUGGCACAGAUUGCUUCAAUGAAAAUAAGCCAAAUGACCUGCAACAAAAUCACAAAAGAGUAAACAACAGAAAUCCACCGUUUUUGCCGCAAUCACAACAUGAAAAUCCG